AUGCAGCCCCUCGCUUCGACGUCUGCUGCGGGCUCUGAACAGUUCGACACGCCUUCGCCCAUCGACGUCGCGCCUGCCCCGUCCAGCAAGGGAAAGAAGAAGGAGCGGGACGACGAGGACGACGGGGACGACGGCGUCAAACCCCCCGUCAAGAAGCGCAACCGCAAGCCCGUUACUUGCGCCCAGUGCCGCAGGAGGAAGCUCAAAUGCGACCGCGGGUACCCUUGCGGAGCAUGCCGCGACAGGGGAGAAGGCCACAUGUGCGACUGGGGAGAUGCGAUUCGUUUGCCUCAGCCCCACCUGACCCGCGAUGCCGAAGCGCAAGAACUCCGUCUCCAGCUUGACCGCCUCGAAGGCCUCCUCGGCGCUUUGAGCGGACACCCGAUCGCUGCUGCUGUCGGCCUCGCAGGUCCUCCUGGCGCCGCAGCUGGCGGACCGAGUGCGGGAAUGGCUGAGGAGAACGCUGCCGAGGCUCUGGGUCUGCUUGCGGCAAACUCGAGCACGACAGCUGCGGGACCGUCGAGCAUGUCGUCUGCUGCGCACCGCGCGCAGGUGCUCGCGAACAACCCGACCGUCUCGCACCUCGUCGCCCUUCUUCCGCCAAAAAAAGAGCUCGAGACGCUCGUCAACCGUUUCCUCAACAACGAGCACCUGUACUUCCCGAUCGUCCACGUCCCGACGUUCCAAGCGCGACUCGCUGCCUUCAACGCCAGCAACGCGACCGAAGCGCCGCUUUUCCUCGGCCUCAUCUUCGCCAUGCUCGCGCACGAGAUGGGCUGCCAGGCGACUGAGCCUGGAGCGACGAAGAAGGCGGUGCUUGAGAAGGAGAACGCGGGCAAGCGGUUCUGCGAGGCGGCGCUCGAGGCGCUGAGGAUGGGCAGCUACCUGGAGCAGCCGACGUUCGACGCUGUCCGCGCAUUGCUCGUCAUACACCGUUUCAGCGAGCAGAACAUGGAUGCCCGCAGCACGCAUUUCCUCAGCCAGGCUGUCCAGCUUGGUCAGAUGAUUGGCUUGAACCGCGACACCGCCGGCGUACCCGGGAUUUCAGUCAUCGAAGUCGAGGAACGCCGCCGCGUCUGGCACAUGCUGCUCGCGGCCGACUGGCUCGACUGCUCGGGACGCCCGUCUGCGAUCGCGACUUCGCAAUUCGACGUCAAGCCGUUCACCGACGCUUACGACGCCGACAUCACGCCCAAUGGUAUCACGGCUCGUCCCUUCCCAGCUUUCACGCCGACUCUGCUGCUCGGCGUACAAGGUCACCUUGCCGCGAUCGCCCACAACAUCAGCGAGACCGCCUUUGCCGUCAAGGGCGCCCUCCCGCUAACCUGCAAGUUCAUCGACGACCAGAACGCUGCUCUCGCGGGCGUCAAGGCGAGCUUGCCGGCUUUGCAGUUCGGCGGCGACGCAGUGAUCCCGCUGGACCAGGCGAACUUUGCGUCCGACCGCUUCCGCGUCCAGGCGCAUUCGGCGGCGCUGCAGCUCACCAUUCGCUUGAAUCGCCCGUUCCUCGCUCGCGGCUUUGCCGACCCUCGCUUCGCCAAGUACCGCCAUGCGUGCUUGUCGGCAGCGCAAGAGUUGCUGGGCCUCUUCCUCGGCUACGACGACGCCCAUCCCGUUUCCCGGUUCGCCUUCCUCACAUACCACUGCUUGAACGCCCUCCUCAUUCUUGCCGUCGACUUCUUCAACGACCCUCACGGCCUGUAUGCCGAGAAAAACCGUCGCUUGAUCGGUCAGGCGUUGCUUCGCUUGCAGGGAAGGGAGAUGGCGCCGGUACUUGCGGAGGUCCUGCGGAUCGUGGCCGUGCUCAUGAAGGUCGUUCAGUCGCAACCGCAGCGACCCGCCGCCGCUCCGCCGACAAGCUCCGCGCCUCUCGCCGCAUCGACAAAGCUCGUCCACCCCCUGCCGUCGCCCCUCACGAACGAUCCCUUCGCCUCGAACCGCCUCGACGCGCUCGCUGCGUCGUCAUCCGUGCCUGACCUCGCCAAGAUCUGGACGACCCUUGCGACGUCUUUCAAGACGAUGUACGGUACGCCGGACUUUGAGGAGUGGAGGGAGCUCGUCAAGGUUGGUGCGGGAGCGAAGGAAGUGUGGAGUGCAGGUGUGGGACUCAUUGCUGCAUGA